ACCACGAAGAAGAAAGUGUGACGUUAUCACUUCCGCAACAACUGACAGUGCAACAACAUGGAUGUAACGACUGAAGUUAGCCGGGAAACUGCGUUUGCCGACGAAUGCGGUGCCGCUAAGAUACAAGAGCGACUCCAGAAACGGCACCAGACGAGGAUCGAGGAUGCCGAGCGGAGGAAGGAAGCUAAAGAGAGCCAGUCUGUCGCGGAGGAAAAGGGCGAGUAUUUCUUCACCACUUUCAACACAGAGCGGGCGUCCAUCGAGGAGCUGCUGUCCAGCUGCGCCGGAGCUGACCGGGCUGUGUUGACUCAAAGGCUGGAGGAGGUGACGGCCAGAACACUACAGCUGCAAAAGUUUCUUAAUGACAGCAUGUUGUUUAUAACGCAGUACGACCUGAGACAAGCCCAGGCUGCUCUCCAGAAACUCCAAACCUCCCUUGCCGAGACCAGAGAGGAGGGCCUGCCCAAGAAGAAGUUUGCCUUUCGAGCUCGCACUAAAGCAGCAGAUGAAGUUUCUGCACCAGUGUCAGACACACCUUCACCUGAUGCCGUCACACCUGCAGAUUCUGGUAGCACCAAGGUGGAUGGAGCUGCAGCCUCCGAGCAGUGCGGCUUCUCCAACAUGGACAAUGUGUGUCUGACAAAGACAGCUGAGGAGAUCCAGAAAGGAGAUGUGCUGUUGACUCACCUGACUAACUGCAAGGUCCGUCUGUUCGGCUCCCCCAGCACGCUGCACCUGAAGCAUAUCGACAGCUGUGAGAUCCUGUGUGGGCCCGUGUCUAGUUCAGUAUUCGUCGAUCACUGUAGAAACAGUACUCUGGCCUUCCCCUGUCAGCAGCUGCGGACCCACAACACCACGGACACACAGGUGUAUGUGCACGUCACCAGCCGAGCCAUCAUAGAGGACUGUUGUGGAGUGGGCUUCGCCCCCUUCUCCUGGUCUUAUCCCACCCUGGAGGAGGACUUCACUGUGUCUGGCCUAGACCAGGACCGAAACAACUGGAACCAGGUGGAUGACUUCAACUGGCUCUCUGCAGGAACACCGUCACCUAACUGGACUGUCAUUCCAGAAGCAGACAGGAAAACCAAUUGGGACCCCUAGAAUUAAACUUUUAAAACCUUUAUUUAACAUGUCGAUCAAACCAUCAAAUGAAAUGUUUCCAGCCCAAAUAAACAUAUAUAGUCUUGUGCAUGUUAUUUCACAAAGAUCAGUUGGUUUCAUGAAGGUUUUCUUUUUAAGCCAGUGACUGUGAGUUUAAAUUUUUUUUGCCGCUAUUGUUGGUAUAUGUCAUCCACUGAUUGUGUUGCACUGCUACAUCGCUAUAGAGCUGGGGGGAAAAGGGCAGUUUGUAUAACAACGUUAAAGCUGCACUACAUUUAAAUAAAAAUCCACCUGUUUCAUUAGCCCAAAUCACAGUGGGACCGUAGUACAGAAGAGCAUCACAUCUCGGCUGAGAUGGUGCAUCCACUCUAGUAGUAUUGUUGGCCUGUAUGCUUCUGCUCACUCUUAGAAAUCAAUUUAAAUUUAUCUGACAUGAAACCUUUCUAUAUUCUACACUCCACAUUCCUGGAGUCGUGGUGCAUAUGUAGGCAUACAUACUCAAUUACCUGUACACCUGAAUGGUCUAUUAGUGACAGUGACUUUAAAUGUAGAAGUACUUUUCAGUAAGUAAUAAUGGAAAUGUUGUGCUUACUGUUAGAUAAUAUUUUAGAAGAUCUGUUAUUAAUGACAAAAACUCUGAAACCUAUUGUAUAAUAAAUCUGCAGUAUCAUUAAAGGAUUAAAAACCCAUUAUAACAGCUUUAAAGCACUCUGCAGUGGUACUAAAUCAGGUUUCUUUAUAGCGCACUUGAAUAAAUUGACUAAAAUAAAGGUCAGAUAAAGAGCCAUGUGCUGCUGCCAACCACCGACCCUGAAUGGCACUGGAAGUCUUCAGUGGUGCUUUGAUCUUGAGGAAUACAACAAAAUCUGGUCUGUACUUUUAGGACAUUUAAAGGUAACUGCCAUUGAAAUGAGACCCAAAUAAAGAGUCUUUCUCCUCAACAACA